AGACAAGUAGAACCAAUAAUAACAUGUUCAUCACAAAUUCCAAAGUCAAAAAAAAAGAAGAUAAUAAAAAUAUUUAAAGAAAUGCUUUUGCUUUGCGGAACUGGUUUGUUAUAAAUUGCACGCAUACAAGUAACUGUAUAAUUAUUCUCUUUUGUGCGAGAAAUCAACAAAGAAGUCGGUCGUUUAGUCGGAAGUAGGAUCAACAUUAGAAUAUUGAAUCUGGGGCCCCCCAAAAUCUUACAUCCUGUGGCCUAAAUCAAUUAAUUAGGUUUUAAUACAGUAAAAUGGCCACAAGGAAGAAACCUGGACCCAAAAAUGACGAUCAUAGCGUUGAGACCCUUGCCGAAGUGUUUCGAUGUUUCAUAUGUAUGGAAAAACUGAGAGACGCUCACCUGUGUCCUCACUGCUCGAAACUGUGCUGUUAUGUGUGCAUAAGGCGCUGGUUAACGGAACAAAGGUCCCAGUGUCCCCACUGCAGGGCCUCCUUGCACUUGCAUGAAUUAGUCAACUGUAGAUGGGUUGAAGAAGUCACGCAGCAAUUGGAUACCCUGCAGGCUGUUACUUUAAAUACUAGCAGGAGCGACGAAAACGAGAGGGACAAGUGUCCGGCCCACUUUGAAAAACUGUCGGUUUACUGCUGGACCUGCAGAUGUUGCAUUUGUCAUCAGUGCGCCUUAUGGGGCGGCACCCAUUCCGGUCACACUUUCAAGCCGUUGGAUGAAGUUUACGAGCAGCACGUCACUCAGAUCAAAGAUGAAGUUGCGCAGUUGAGACGCCGUCUCAUGGAGCUGAUCAGUAUCGUUCAAGAAGUGGAGAGGAACGUGGAGUCGGUGAGGUCAGCCAAAGACGAGCGGGUCAGGGAGAUCCGAAACGCGGUCGAAUUAAUGAUCGCCCGAUUGGAUUCGCAAUUAAAGACCAAAUUAUUGACCCUUAUGGGUCAGAAAGACACCCUUACACAGGAAACUGAACAACUGGAACAUUUAUUACACGAAAUCGAACAUCAACUGCAAACAUGCACCAGAUCCGAACUGAUAACGAAAAGUUCGGAACUGUCCCGGAUGAUCCACAACGUUCGUAAGAAACCAAUGACCAGUUUUGUAACUGCACCAGUUCCUGCUGAUUUUCACAGCGAAAUUGUCCCGGCGUAUAGCAGUAGCACGUUCGUGAUGCACGGUUUUAGCCAGUUGCAAAGGAAAGCCGACCCAGUGUACUCCACCCCUUUGCAUUGCAACGGUUUGUGUUGGCGAUUGAAGGUUUACCCGGACGGUAAUGGGGUCGUGCGUGGGAAUUAUUUGUCUGUUUUUUUGGAAUUGAGUGCCGGAUAUCCAGAGCCUUCCAAGUACGAAUACAGAGUGGAGAUGAUUCAUCAGGCCGGUAGGGAUUCCGACAAAAACAUCGUGAGGGAAUUCGCCUCGGACUUCGAAGUGGGAGAGUGUUGGGGCUACAACAGAUUCUUCCGUUUGGACCUUUUGGCCAGCGAGGGAUACCUGAAUCUGGCCUUAGAUACACUGAUUUUAAGAUUCCAAGUGCGUGCUCCCACUUUUUAUCAAAGAUGUCGGGAUCAGCAGUGGUACAUCAAUCAGUUGCAAACGGUACAAAAUCAGUAUAUUUCACAGAUAAACGAGUCUAAAGAGCGUUUGGCCGCGGAAAUCUCGAGGAACGCUGUGGCGGCCACUUUAGGGGCCAAUUCCCAAGGCGACAUCCCGAAUGUGGCGUUGGUGAAGAGCAUGUACGCCCUACAAGCGUUUCCCGCCCCCUCCUCGAUGACCAGCGAUGUUGCCAUCGAUAAUCGGGCGGCCGCAAUCACCCAAAGCAACGUUGCCGAGAAAUCUUAUUCGAACGAGUUGGCCACGUUGGCGAGGAACGUUACUGCGGUGGUAGCCAGUUGCAGCACAAAUGCGGCUCAAACGGUCAAUGGUUCGGUCAACGAGUGCCCUUGCAUAUCAAAGUCUACGCAGCAGACCAACGAUAGUAGCGCCUCUACUUCCGCCUCGUCUAUACAAACCCAAGUGCACAGCAAAAAAUCGAACGAUUCCGCCAGAACCCCGGACUCUCCGCACCACUUGCUCGGUUUGGGGGUUUCCCUGAGUUCCCCGAACUUGUUAAAUUCCGCCGUUUCGUUAAUGUUGAGCAGCAGCAGCAGCGAGAGUGAUCUGAGCGAGCCGGAACCGUUAAUGGAAGAAUUCGACGGUCAGGCGGUAAACUUAAUGGUCACGGCGGAGAAUUCAAACGAUGAAAAUGACGUUGACGUUGAAACCAUGUCAGGCGAAAACGAUGUCGAAUACGCCGAGUUCUCCAUGGCGCAGGGCUUGAUACAGAGAGACCCCGAUUCGAUAGCAGUUGGACCCCGCGCUCUCUCUCCCACCCAUGCGACUGCUGUUGUCAAUCUCGAAGACAGAUUUAAAUUGAUUCGUUUGUUGGAUGGAGCUAAUAAUAGCAGCGGACCUUCUAGUUCAAAUAACUCCAAUGGUGGUUUACCUCAAAGACCACCGAUUGAUCUGGAUCUCUUAGGUAUGUCGGCCGCCGACGCUGAGGUGGCUCUACUAGCCUCGAUUAGACGCAAAAAUGAAGAGCAUCGACCCUCGAACGAUAGGAAAAAAUUGCGCCAAAGGUUUCGGCCGAUUUCUGACGCGUCUCCGGUUGGUGAAGCCUCUAGCGAUGCCUGGACCGAGACUGUACCCAUUAAUACAAAGGAAUCCGUGAUGGGUCCGUUGGAGUCGUUCCUACGGUCGAUCAACUGUUACCCCGACCAGGAGCAGAACCGCAAAAAGGAAACCGGCUCGAGAGAUCGUAAAAAGAGUCAGAAAAAUAACGCGCAUUUAGCUUCGCUACUUAAUGCACCGUCGCCAUGUCCACCCCCGAUGGGCAACGAGAUGGACAAUUUGGGACACGGAUCCAGUACAGAAUUUAGUUGGACUCCGUCGCUGCUUAACCAAAGACGCCCCCCUUCAAAAACUACAAGAUCCAACCCCAGUGACGGACAUUCUGUACCAGAGAAAGAAGAUAAGAAAAACAGAAAGUCUGAAAACGACUCUCAUUCCGUUUAAGGUCAAUGUUAGAUUAAAUUUUGCUCUUACAUAUUAAAUGAGUAGAUCUAAACAUUGUUUUAUAGUUUUUUCCUAAAAGAAUUUUUACUCGAAUGUCUUAUCUGCUUAAAGCCAUGUUUCAAAUGGGUCUUAAAAUUAGGUAAAUCCAUUGUUCUAUAUGACCCACAUUUUCAGUCAUUUAAUGUAAUUAACUUUACUGAUAAGGUACUUUUAACCAAAUUCUGUCAAGGGAUGUUCAGUUGAUAUCAGUCAAUCGAGUCAAUUGUCACGCAAUUUCGUGCCAUGUUAAAUUCAAGUGAACACCCUGAAAGCCCUUUACGUGUCCUUAGCCAUAAAACCGGUGAUUGCUGGUUUAAAUAAUUUAUUCUACUAAUUAUAAGAAUUUCAUUCCAAAAAAUUAAUUGGUUGUUUAGGCUGUGUACUUAGUUGAAAUACAAAUUAUUAUUAUUAUGUAUCCAAGGGUCUAUUUAAAUGAAAUAAAAAAAUUUGUUCUGUAAAA